GUUUAGGAACGCCACUUUGUGUUUCUCCUGUACGUUAGUCAAGGUACACGUAGGAAGGUUUCACUGUUCAAUCUUACUGGCAACGCAGACAGAUAUACAGGCUUGCUGCAGACUGGAAAAGCACCAGGCAUAAGACCCACCAUGACUGAAAAGGAUCUGCAUUUAUCAGUGAUGGCCCAGGAGCUGUGGGACAAUGACAUGAGCCGCCUGCAGCCUGGCCUGGACUACAAGAUCUCACUGCAGGGUAAGGCUGGAUUGACACAGUCCUGCAAUGAUGGAAACGAUGGAGCUGCAUUUCCAUUGUUCACAUUUGUUAAUGAGAACAUUUUUAAAAAGGAAACAUUCUCCGCCUUCAUCUCCCUUCUCGAUAACUAUGAGAGUGAUGCUGGGGAACCUGAGGUCGUGACCCCGGAAGAGGAAGCUGAAAACCAUAAGUUCCUGGAAUCGAUCAUAAACACCCCACCAAUGAAGAUUGCUCACAGGUACCUAGUGGAGAAGCAGCUCUCACCGAAGACCACGGGGGAGUUCAAACAGCAGCUCUAUCGCAUCUGGUUUGAGCUGUACGCCAGGAGAGGGUCCAGCCGACCGGACUCUUCAGGCUUUGAACACGUGUUUGUUGGGGAGACCAGAGGAGGCCGUACAGUCAUUGGUUUCCAUAACUGGAUCCAGUUAUACCUACAAGAGAAGCUUGGGCAUAUUGACUACAAGGGGUACAGUGUGAAUGCUAACUCCCCAAAACCUGAUGACAACAAACACAUCCUGGCCCUUCAGUUCAGCUGGAAGAACGGGAUCAAACCCAAAGGGAGCAUUUUCAUUGGCGUCAGUCCGGAGUUUGAGUUUGCCCUCUACACACUCUGUUUCCUGACCUCCCCCAAUGAACGCGUGAAAGUGACAUUCAGCCUGUAUGAGGUGGAGAUAGUCUGCCAUCAUUAUAACCAGAAACACAUAGGCACCACCUACCCCGUUCUCACAAAGUACCUGUAACCCCUCACACUACCAGUACUAUCCAGGGCCCAUGUCAAAAGUAUUGUUUCUGUCUUUUUAUUUCCAAAUAAAAACACAAUAUACUAA